GUAAUGUCAUAGACGAGAAUUCACACGCUUUGCCCUCGCAGGAGAGAGCGAGAGCGACAGCGACAGCUUGGGGCGGUCAGUCCCCGCUUCUCCCUCCCCGUCACAUGUGCCACCUUCGCGGGGCUCAGUGAAGCAACCUCCAGCGCACACCGCGGAGGUCACCCCGCUUUCGAGACGUGAAAGUCUGCUGCGGAGUUUUUGUUUUUUGAUUUUUUUUCUCACCCCCCCCCCGCUCGUCGCUUCCUCCUCCAUGAGACUUUCGUCGUCUUGUUUUUUUUUUUUUUAAACAGAAUAUAUUUCAUUGGACUAUGAAGUGAAACUCCGCCAUAUUCAGCACAUCCACCACGCCCGCCGCGAGUGCUCCAAACUUACUUUCUCCGCCUCAUUUUCUACUUAAAGCGGCGUGAUAAAGGGAGGCGACGCCUGAAGCCGGGGCACGAUGACCCUGAUGGCGGCGGGGGCUUGCUGCCUCAGCCCGGAGGCCAAAGAGGCUCGCAGGAUCAACGACGAGAUCGAGAGGCAGCUACGCCGCGACAAAAGGGACUCGAGACGGGAGUACAAGCUUCUCUUGCUCGGGACCGGCGAGAGCGGUAAGAGCACCUUCAUCAAGCAAAUGAGGAUCAUCCACGGCCGAGGCUACUCUGACGAGGACAAGCGGGCCUUCACCAGGCUGGUGUACCAGAACAUUUUCACCGCCAUGCAGGCCAUGAUCCAGGCCAUGAAGACGCUGCGGAUCCCCUACAAGUACCAGUACAAUGAGGCCAACGCCAGCACUGUCUGCGAGGUGAACGUGGAGACGGUGACGACGUUUACAAACGAGUACGUGGACGCCAUCAGGAGUCUGUGGGCCGACCCGGGGGUCCAGGAAUGUUACCGUCGCAAGAGAGAAUACCAGCUCUCCGACUCGGCCAAAUACUACUUGAACGACUUGGACCGCAUCGCCGACGCCGCGUACCUGCCGUCGCAGCAGGAUGUGCUGCGGGUCAGGGUGCCCACCACGGGCAUCAUUGAGUACCCCUUCGACUUGGAGAACAUGGUGUUCAGGAUGGUGGACGUGGGCGGACAGCGCUCUGAGAGGAGGAAGUGGAUCCACUGUUUCGAGAAAGUCACGUCCAUCAUGUUCCUGGUGGCGCUCAGCGAGUACGACCAAGCGCUGGUGGAGUCGGCGCACGAGAACCGCAUGGAGGAGAGCAUGGCCUUGUUCCGGACAAUCAUCACCUACGAGUGGUUCGAAGAGUCCUCGGUCAUCUUGUUCCUCAACAAGAUUGAUUUGCUGGAGGAGAAAAUCAUGCACUCGCAUUUGGUCGACUACUUUCCUGAAUAUAAUGGUCCUCAGCGGGACGUGAAGGCGGCCCAGGAAUUCAUCCUGAACAUGUUCGUCAACCUGCACCCCAACCGCAAGAAGCUCAUUUACUACCACUUCACCUGCGCCACCGACACGGACAACAUCCGUUUCGUCUUCCACGCCGUCAAGGACCACAUCCUGCAGGGCAACCUCGAAGACUACAACCUGGUGUGAAGCGGAGGUACGGGGUCGGGGGAUUCUGGAGUUGGGGGGGGGGGGGGAGAUGCUCGAAAAGCCUGACUAUUUGACCACUUUGAUGCAAGAUGGCGGCGACGGGGCGCCUAAUGACGGUACUACUGAUGUUAUGGGACCUUUGAUCACUAAACUGCUGCCCGAGUGGAUGACGAGCAUAAAAAUGUCACCGAGCGGCAGUCGGCGGCUGACCGCACGCGGACGCAGCGGGGACUGGUUUUUGUGCAGGUGCGAGUCGGUCUCACUUUGAAGUGGGAGUCCCCGUCCAUUAUAGCUCGUGUGUGUGUGCCUCUGUUGUGUAAACAGGAUGGAAAGCCAAUUGAGCAUUUGUUCGCUAUCCAGUAGUGAUGGGCGAGUACCGAUAGCAGGUAUCGGUAUGUGGUCCAUACUGGGCUUUUGGAUACUCGUGAAGGCUGCCUAUUUAAGGCAAGAACAUUUGACCUUAAGUCCAAUUCACCAGUGUUUGAGAAAUUGGAGAACCAUCAUUAGGGUUGGGCAUCGAUACUUGAGAGUGUCCAGUUCCCCUUGAAUCGUUGAAAUUUCACUCCCCGGUUACGAUGCUUGUAGUCCGCCCACCCCGAAGAAGAGCCGAAAACCAACAAAGAAGAACACACUGGAAAAUGUGUUUGUGCCCAGCGGUGUUGGCAAGGAAAAAAAUAUUAAUUACUUUGUUGAAAUGGAAAAAAAACAUUCGCCUUCGUGCAACACUUGGAAUGAGAUUAUAUUGUGCAAAGGAGGCUUUGGCGAUGUGGUUUGGAACCCAAAUCGGGAUAAGGAACCGGAAUGAGAAUCCCUCCAAUUCAAAUGAUGCCCAUCCCUAAUCAUCAACAACUUCAGAAAGAAAGAAAGAGAAAAAUUUUUUUUUUGAUGAGUUCGCAAUUGUCUCUCAUUGUGUUCAUGGGAAUUGUAUCUAUCAAAAGUACUCGUUGUGUCGGUACUCAGUAUUAAAGUACUCAAUAACGGACCUUUCCGACAGCAAUCUUGAGCUCCGCCCCCUGAGCCGUGUCCCACAAGCUUCCAAAAUGGCGAUUGAACAUAACAUGUUUGAAGUCGAUUCUCUAUCGCGUAUUCCAGAAAAUAUUGGGGUAUGUUUUUUGCCAAAUGCGUCAGACUUGUCUAAGAGAGUUCUACAGAGAGGUCUCAACUAUUUCACGAAAGGAUAUGUACACGGAAUUAAGAUUUUGGACGGAGCAGGACGCAAUGUCAGAGUUAUGGCGAAAUGUUGGCGAUCGAUGCAAAAAAAAAAAAAAAUAAAAUAAACGUUUGACGCCUCACAAACUUCAUAUUGAAAUCCAACAGGAUAAAAUAGUGGAAUCAUACUGCGCGUGUGAAGCAGGGUGAGUACUUUUUACUUGGAAAGAUUCCGAGUAAUAUCAUUGUAGUCUUUAUAAGUGAGUGGGUGGAACCCAGUGCUCUGUCCUAAAAGUCUGAUGCGAUCAAAAUAGGCAAAUAGACAUUUCUCUUGCAUGACACGGCGCAUUUACAUAUCACUAACCCGACUCUUCGGCAUAAAACAUGACACACUUCGUUUAGAAGGUCAGCGAUACGCUAACAAAGUGGAAGUUGUUCUCCUGCAAUGUAUAAAACACUGAUAAUAAUAAUAAUUCAAUCAAACUCAGACAAGAUACUUCUCCCUCAUUUACCUUCCAUCUGAGGACCAUUUUUUUUCGUAACAUUAACUUUUCCAAGCGCACGCUACUAACAACCAGCAUUGCUCGUGGGACAAUCCGGCGAGAGGGGCGUGUCAAGCCAGGGGGUUAGGACAAUGUGGCUAUCUGAUUGGCUAUUGUCGUAUGAGUGAUUGACAGGUCGGAAAGGUCCAUUGUACUGGUACUCAUUUAAAAAAAAAAAAAAAAGUUAUCGAGCAUCCACACAAUGUCUCUUAAGGUCCAUGUACUACUAGUAUGCUGUAGGUGUUUACUCUCCAGACAAUUCAAAAUACUAGUAGAAUUCACUGUGUGUCACUAGUUGCAUUUUUUUUCCCACUACUGCAAAACAUUUCUCCACACUAGUAGAAUAACAUUGGCAUGCUAGUCAGACGCAACUACACUAGUUGAUAUUUGUGCGUUACUAUCACCUACUAGUUUUCAUAGUGUGACAGGUAGUGCAAAGCUCCGAGGGUCACUAGUAUCGUGUCAUUUUCCUCCUGUUGUGCCCACAUUGUCCCACUAGUGAGGAGAAAGCGCAUACUUAAAUACUCACACGCCUCUUUGAGCAGAUAUCCCAUGUCAAACUAUUAUUCUACUACAACUUGUGUUUCUAGUGAAGACAAAGAGUGUACUAGUACUGUAUUUGGACCUUUAGGUAGAUGGCAAAGAUAUGGCAUAGAUACUCAAACGGUUUUCCAUAAGCAAGUCGUAAUCAACACUAAUUGCACAUUUCCCUUUUUCGCCUUCACUCAUUUGCGUAUUUGAGUCACGCCGCGUCACCAUUUUGGAGUCGGCGUUUUUUGUUUGUGUUGUUUUUUGUGUGCACAGCGUCAGUCUGUACUUGCCACACUCGAUACGAAAUACUACAAUUGCGAGGAAACGGUUGAAACGUUGCCAGAGUAAUACAAAUAAUAACGGAACUAUCCAGAUUUUUAAAAGUUGUCAUUUUCCGAGAAUAAUACUACAUGCAGGAUUUUUUUGGUUGUUUUUGUGAGGAAUUUUUUUUUAAGAGGGAAUGUAAAAAAAUGUAACUAUAAAAAAAACUUUGUCCUCUGAAUAUUCCAACUUUGUUCUUUGCAAUUUUUCUCUUUUCUCUCUACAAAUUGCUACAUUAUGGUAGAGUGACACAAUAUUUCUCUUUAAUUGAAUUUCAACCAACAUUUUUUUUUUCUUGUAAGAUUUAUGAUUUUUAUUCUGCAAUUGCAAUUGCCACGUUAUUAUGAAAUUUACCAGUAAAAGAUAAAAACACAAGUACAAUUACAAAAAAAACUGUCGUAAAGUUGCGAGAGUCCUACAAUUGUAAUUUCACGAUUGAGAAAAAAAAAAAAAAAAAGUUGCUUAAUUUAUAAUGGAAUGAGGAUCAUGUCUAGAGGAAGAUUAUUUUUUGGACUUGCUGUUAACAAUCUCCAAAUUUGAUCUUAAAAUAAAAAAAAGUAUCAUUUAACUGUAUAUACACGAUUUACAAUUGUGUUCACUUAACAUUCCAACUUUUUUCUUAUAAAAUUGUGCUUUAUCCCCAACUAAUUAUGAAUUUACUGUAUAUUUUUCCAUGUAAAAAUUCCACUUUUUUUUCCUUUAGGUUUUUUUUUUGGUUUUGUUUUCCUUGUAAAAUUGGGACAUUAUUUUACCUGUUUAUUUUACUUUUGUGAAAUUUGUAUAUAUAAAUAUUAGUCACACUGAAAAGACCACAAAAAAAACAGUUGUGAUUAAAAUUUCUCUCUAAUGUUCUGAUAGUCUGUUGAUUUGAUGAAGUUGAGAUAUUAUGACAAUAAAGUCGUUUUUUUUUCAUUUUGUGAAUCAAUUAAUUUUAAUUAGUGAAUGUAUAAAAAAAGAGAAACCUUAAACUGCAAAAAAGUGUAACUAUCUCUGUUUUACGAAUGACCAUAACACUUUUUGCAAAAUUGCAAUUAAAAAAAAAACAUUUUUAUAGCCUUGUCAAGUUUUGACUUCAGUGUAAAUGGGAUUUAUGUUUGUAAUAUAGAAAUCUCAUGAUAUGAUUUUUGUAAAUCAACUGAAAAUUUAAAAAAAUUAGACAACCAUUUUUUUUUAAAGAUGUUCUUAAAUGUUGCACUAUUUUCUGAAAACUUUUGGAGUGAAAUUAGGACUUUGUUCUCCAAACCUUAGGGUUCUUCAAAUGAGGUAUUAUUGUUAUUGUCAGACUUUAUUUUGUCUUGCAAAAAUGAUAAAAUAAAGCACCACAUUUUUUUUUUUAUUUUUUUUUUUUUACAAAUUUUGUAAACUACAGCUUUUUCCCACAUUUAUGACUUUUCUCGUAAUAUUCCAACUUUGUUUUUGUAAAUUGGAUUUUCUUCAAAAUUUAGAACAGUUUCUCAUCAAUUAGGACGCAAGGUUUUUUUUUUCUGAUAAUGUUCCAAAAUACUUCUUGAAAAUUGACUACUGUUUAUUUUGGAAUACAACAACUUUUCUUUCAAAUUGAUGACUGUACUCUGUUAAACCUGAAUUUGUUUUGUAAGAUUCCGAAAGUUUGAAUUUUUUUUUUUUAACUCCUUCACUGCCAGCCCUCCCAGUUGGUUACCAUGGAUACUUGACACUUAAAGCCGUCAAUGGCAGUGACGCCUUGAAUUUUUCGAGGCUUUUUUUUUUUUUAAUCAAACCGAAACUCUUCUCGUAAGAUUUACAGCUUCAUUUUUGUAAAAUGACGCCUUUAUUUUUCUUGAAAUUCCGAAUAUGUUCUCGUAGAAUUAUGAUUUUGCAGUAAAACAACUAAUCUUAUUAAAGUACGAGUUUAUCGCCCGUAAAUGCAGACUUGUGUUCGAUGUAAAUGAUAAAUUCUUGUAACAUUUUAACUUCUUUUUAGUGUCCACAUGCACAUGAACACAUUUCAAAGGGAAUUCUGCAUUUCAUCCUUUUCCUUUCCUUUUUUUUCCUCCAUAAUUUGUUGAUUGUAUGACGCUGCAGUCUUGUAAUUUAUAGUCUUUAGAAGUGGGUUUAUUUGAACGCGCACGAUGAAUAUGACCCAGUUACGGUACGGCGAUGGCAGUCGCGAAGCGCCUAAACGCCGAGAGAAAAAGUGUUAAAUACCCACUCGGGCAUUAAACGAGUGCAGUCUUGAACUUGGUUGAAGUGUCGUUUAAAAUGAUGGCGUAAAUGUAUAAAAGCCCAAUCGGAGCUUAUCGGUGGCACCGCUGUUUACAUGUCCUCUCUUCUUCUUAUUAAACGUAAUUGCCGUCUAAUUUAUGCUUGAGUUUCACUCACCGCAAUUGAUGUUUUAUGCCGCGUUUGUGUGCGCCCGCGUGUGUGUUUCUAUGUGAUGAUUUGAAUAAAGUAAAAAUGUUGCUCAUG